GGUGGCCGUAUCCCCAACCCUUCUUCAGACGGAAAGGGAGACUGAAGCAACACCAAGAUGCAAGUCAAAGUGGUGGCUGUUUUCCUGGCCCUCUGCCUGCUCACCUUGGGAGGCACCAGUGCUGCACCUGCGAAUGGAGGCAGAGAAGCCAGGGAUUAUGUACAUGGAAACGUUAAUUCUGGAGCUUUUGGAGGGAAUAGCGGAGGAUUCGAUAACAACCAGUUUGGAGGCAACAGCUUCAAUAACUAUAACGUAAGUGUUGGAGAAUGCGUUUGGUCUUCCUAGAGAGAAAGUAGGAUC